UUUGCCCAAUUUUACCUUUUCCUUUUGGCAUCUUAAUGGUUAUUCUUCCAUCUCAAGAACUUUCUUAAUGUUUUCCAAUCAGAUUUGGAGACCCAGUGAAUCAAUAACCUCGAUAAUUAAAGCAUAUGAUGCGUAGAUAUUGUAAUGGGAAUGGUAUCUAAAGAACUUUCUAAAUUUUUUCACACAAUUGGUAUAAAGCAUGUGACUUUUUUUUAAUCAUGUCUUAGGGUGUGUGAUGACAAUUAUUUGAGUAGUAGUUCUUACAUCCAAAGACAUUGCUUUGGAGAUUGCUUUUUUUUUUUGUCCCUACUAAUGAUUAUUUUAUAGCCCAUCAAUUUCUUUAAUUAAAGUACAUGGCAGUGCCAAAUCUGUGGAUUGAUUCACAAAUUCCUGCACUUGAAUGAUAGCUCAUGAUUUAAUUAUGGAUUUAGUUUACGUGGUUUUAUAGAUUUAGAGAAUAAUGGUUUUUUGUGGGGGUGGGGGUGGUUGAAAACUAGGAUUCCAUUAAAGGUGAGAACUGAGAACAGAAGAAGGAAGCUGUGGAAGUUAUCAAAAACUUAGGAUCUUCUAUUUGUGCGCUUUGUCAGCACACCGGCUAUUCUGGAGAGGUUUGUAACCAUUGAAAACGAAAUUCGUCAGAUCGAAAGUUCCUUUCAAGCUAAUACUUUAUCAUUGUCCAUUGCAAGUCCGGAUGAAGGAAUCAUGCCACAAACCAAUGGCAACACAAUGAGGUUAAGUGAUUCUGCGAAGUUAAAUGAUACACUUGAAGGUGUUGACAAUAAAGAAGAGGAAAACUCAAAGGUUUCCCUGCACCGACUGUUGGAAUCUCGAAUAGCACUACUCCGGAAGGAGCAAGCAAUGGCUUAUACGCGUGGUCUUGUAGCUGGAUUCGAAAUUGAUAGCAUCGAUGAUCUCAUAUACUUUGCAAAUGCAUUUGGAGCAGUCCGUUUAAGGGAAGCCUGCAUUAAUUUUAAGGAAUUAUGGAACAAAAAGCAUGCAGAUGAUCUUUGGAUAAAAGAAGUAGCUGCUAUGCAGUCAAGCUUACCACCAGCACUCUCAUUGUCUGGAUCAUCAGGAAUUAUACUGGCAAAUGAUAUAACCACCCAUGACCAGAAUAACAAAAACAAUAGCUCUAAGGACAGCAUUGCUUCGGGUGAUGAAAAUGUAUCUCUGGAAACAUCAAAUUCUGCCACUUUAAACAAAAAAGAAGAUGUGAACUUGCCUACGCCAAUGCCCUGGCCUUACAAUGUACCUCCAUAUAUGUAUAUGCCUUCAUACCAAGGAUAUCCUUUGACUAAUAUGCAGUCUGUUCCUCCUCAUCUUCUAAGAAAUAUGCAAUGGCCUUCUGAUCUGGGAGUGAAUCAGAAACCAUCAGCAACCAAAAAAGAGAAAUCUCCUUAUAAGAAAGGAUCGGAAGAAUAUGAAGACCAGAAGACAGAGUCCAGUGAUCCUGAUUCUGAGAGCGAACCUAAUUCAGAUAAACAAAAUCACUCCAAUCAUUCUUUGAAAGAUAAUCUGAAGAGGAAAAAGCACCGAAGAAAGUCAUCUGGAACAGUUGUGAUUCGUAAUAUCAACUACAUCACUCCAAAAAGGAGAAGUGGAAAUGAGGGUGGAGUGUCUGAUGAAUCUUCAGAAGAUGAUGAUGUCAUUGAUGAAGAAACCAUCAAACAAAAGGUUGGUGUUGCACUUGAAUCUUUGCAGAAGGUUCACAAAGGUGAAAAACGUGCUAAUGGUAAAAAAUCAGUGACCAGGCGCAAUGCAACUAAAUCAAGUGAGGAGACCGAAGAGGAUCUCGCUGAAAACUUGAGUAAUGCAUCCGAAGGAGGAAACAAAAAUGACAACUGGGAUGCAUUUCAAAAUCUUUUGAAGAUAGAUGAGGGGACUGGAACUGAUGCACCAGAAAGGAUGCAGUCAAUUGAUGUCCAGGAUGAACAUUUUGUGGUGAGAAGCUCUGAAGAAAGAAUGCCAUACGCUGCUAGUUCAUCUCCAAACUUGGAUUUCAAAGAAGUUCUGAAGAAUCCUAAAGUUCCAAAUGACUCGUUUAUUGUGAAUCAAAGAGAUGGAGGAAAUGAAGGUGGAUCGAAGCUGGAUGAGUAUGUAGACAACUGUGGUCCAGUUACAAAGAGCAGGCAAAAUAUAGGUGAAGAAAUGCUUUUAUCACAUAGAUCAAAAGAACCAGGGAAUGAACUUGGUGAUCCAUUAUCUACUUUUGUUGCUGACUCGUUAGAAACGAAGGGCAGAACAUCAGAUGAUUGGUUUAUUGUUGAUAAUUUGGAAAAGAUGAGGAGCUCUGACCCCGCAAUUGUGCCUGCAGUUUUUGAUGGUGAUUACACUUCAUCAUCAGUGAAUGGUCACGUUGAAAAAAGAAGUGAAGGAACUCUCAUUGAUGAUUCCUUCAUGAUUCAGGGUCAAUUGUUAGAUAAUGAUCUUUCUGACUCACAAUGGAAGACGGACAUAAGUAUGGUUGCAGAUCUAACUGCUGCCAACAAGCUUGAAAGUGAUGAUGCAGUUGCUUCAAACGAGAAGCAUGCAAUAUCGAAGUACCAAGAGCCAAAUGACCUCUUUGUAGUUCUACAACGGGAUUCUGGAUUGGAUUCUGUUGAUGCCUCGCGAUCAAUGGACUAUGUAAUUGAUUUUUCCUUCUCAGAAACUGGUAGAAGAUCCUCAAUUGAUGAUUCACGUGACAAUGUGAAUAACAACCUUCCGGUUAGUCCUGUGAAAACCAAUGCGAGCAAAAGCAAAGUUUCUCGAACAACUUCUGAAAAGGAAGAAAAGUCAAAAGCCUUGCGUGGAACUUCUGGAAAGGGCAAACCUGAAAUCAUGUCUAGGGCCAGAAAGCCAUCUAUCCCAAGUAGGCCUAUAGUUCAGAAGAGCAAAAGGGAACAGGAAGAUGAGAUGAGGAAGAAGAUGGAAGAAUUGCGGAUUGAACGUCAAAGGAGAAUUGCCGAAAGAACUGCAUCCUCUGGUCUUGCUCGAGCUGCGCCUAGGAAAGACCAAAUAGAAGGUAAAACAACAGGGAUUUCUGCUAAGAGUGACAAGAAUAAGACUCAACCCAUAAAAGAGACCAACAGAAUCAGUUCUGCCAAGGUCAGGGGAAUUUAGCAAGCCUUGUCAGUUCAAUGUGGAUUCAGAUUUUAUAAGUCGCAUGGUAAAGUGUAUUUAAACAACUGUUGAAAUGAAUAGUUUUGUUUUCUAUAAAAUGUAAGUUAUUGCAUGUAUUCAAUCUUAUAAUCUCUCAGAAUAUUUUGUUUUGUUUCACGGUUGUAUAUCAAUAGAUUCUUUAUCAGUUGUAGGAAAAAUCUUGUAAUAGGUUUUGUUGGAUAAAUAAAUAUUUGAAGUUUAAAAGGUUGGGUGGAUUGUACAUCCCAACAUUCUUUGUACUAUGUAAUAUAUGAAACCUUUAUAAACAGUUUUAUUUUUCUACAAAUAACCACGAAUAUUGUUUUCUGUUCUGA